UUGUGUAUGUCGGAAAAGGUGGAGGUGGUAUCGGAGUGCUUUUGUUUUGAUUGUGUUUUGUUUUUGUUUGAGCGCGUCUGAGGGAAAUUUUACUAGGAUUAAAAGGGAAACUCUCAGCGAAAGUUUGGAAGUCUAUCUAAUGAAUUACGGUUAUAUGGAAAAAUCGAAAGAUGGCGCGUUCGCGCUUCGCACCGAAGAAUCCGUACAAAAUUCCCUUCGGGAGUUGCAGGAGUUCGCAGGAUUGCCGGCGACGGGCCGGCUUGAUAACAGAACUUUGAAGUUGAUAAAUACACCGCGGUGUGGCAUGCCGGACAGGGUUAUGCGGUCGAGGUCGAAAAGGUUCAC